AUGGCGACAGAAGUCAUUGUGCGCGAGUCGCGCCGGCGGUACAUCUGGCCCGAACUCCAGCUGAAUCUGUGGAUAUUCAUCGUGUUGGCUGGGUCGUCGACCGUAUUAGGAAUCAAUGCGUGGUUCAUCGCCGUGCAGGACCAGUUGAGGAUCGGAGUUCCUUGGCUGUUCCCCUUCGCCGUCAUCUGCGGCUCCCUCACCAUCAUCUUCCUCAUCGUCAUCCUCAUCCUCGCCGCACGCCGGCUCCUCAUCCCCGGCAUCAUCCUCCUGGGCAGCUUUGUCCUGUUUGUGCUGUGGGUGACCACCUUGAUCGAGACGGCCAUCCAGCUGUACGGUGACGGCAACGUCAACAGCAACUGCAACAACUUCGUUCAGAACCAAGAAUACCGCGGCGUGUCGAUAGAGACGCUGGCGUGGCUGACGCAGAGCAAUAUCUGCGCCUGUUGGAAGGCCAGUUUCGCCUGGAGUAUCAUACUGGCCGUGUUGUUCCUGUGGAUGAUGAUUCUCAGUUGGCAGGUGCAGAACUACGACUGA